AUGCUGUGCUCAUUCUCUGCUUCUCAGGAUUGUGAAAUGGAUGAAGACGAGUUGAUCUUGUUGUCGAUGACCAGAAGAUCUUUCAACAAGUUCCAUAUUUUCAUGAUGGAAGGUUAUCAAGUCUUCCCUCAACAACUCUAUUUUCAUUUUGUUUUCAAUUUAUGGAAUUCUUCUGGCUAUUUUUCUAUCUUGAAAAUGAUAAUAGAUAUAGUUGCUAGACUUGAAUCAAUUCUCAAACUUAAAGAUAUUCUUGGUCUUCAAAAUAUUGCAACUCACCACUCAUCAUGGAGAACUCCGUCAACCUCUUUAGAAGACAGAUCUAUCAUUUUUGGUAGGGAUCAAGACAAACAGGCCAUACUCAAAUUACUCUUACAUGAUGAUGAUAACACUGCUGUCAUCCCCAUUGUUGGCAUGGGUGGCCUUGGAAAAACAACUUUAGCCCAAUUUGUGUUCAACCAUGACAGUAUAAAGCACAAAUUUGAUGUUCAAGCAUGGGAAAAGCUCACUGGAAAGAGGUUCUUAAUUGUUUUAGAUGAUGUAUGGACCGAGGAUUACGACGCUUGGAACUAUGGGAAGUAA